UACGAUUUUCAGACUCGUUUACAAGUAACGGAACCGGACAGUUGCGAGGCUGGGUGUCAGAAAGACGUUUAGAUAAAAGUGUUGGUAUUGAGAAUGUUUUCUGUUUGAUGUUUAUAAAUAAGUUAACGUGAAGGCAGAACUUUAUUAUUAUUAUUGUUUACUGCGUUAUGAGUUCCAAACGCAGGCCAAGUGACAGGAGCGGAAACGUUUUUACCGUGAAAGAAAGCAGCUGGAGCUAAAUGGAGGCAGCGCAACACUGAUGAAGACAUGAACUGCGUCUCCAGCUGCCUGCUGCUGCUGCGCGCCUGCGACGAGGGCGACUAUGAAACGGCCCGCGGCAUCCUGGAGCCCGGAGCCCCGAAAGAGUCGGGUCGGCAGAGCAGGCUGCGGUCUGAUGCGGGCUCGGAAUGCGCCUCCGCGGACAUGCAGGCUCCGGUACCGGUGGACUACACGGACGAGGAGGGGAACACCGCCCUGCAGUUCGCCUCGGCCAGCGGGCACGAGAACCUGGUCCGGUUCCUGCUUCGGAAGGGAGCUUCAGUGGACAGCCGCAACAACUGUGGCUGGACCCCGCUGAUGCAGGCUGCGAGGUCUGGUCACCUGACUGUUGCCCACAUCCUCCUGGAGAACGGUGCAGAUAAAAAUGGCCGUAAUAGGUUAGGCGCCAGUGUCUUGACCAUGGCGGCUCGUGGAGGUCAUGUCCAUGUUGUGAAGCUUCUUCUGGAGUGUGGAGCCUAUGUCGAUGACUAUGAUCAUCUGUCUGCAGCGCCGGAUGGAGCCACCAACGGCAAUAACAACAACAGCUGCAGUGCAACUGGCUUUGAACCAGCUGAGGGCUGUUUAGGAGGAGGAGGAGGUGGUAGAGACUUCAUGGACAUCACAGCCUUGAUGGUGGCCGCCCAGCAUGGUCAUGAGGCCACAGUCUGCCUGUUGUUAGAAUGGGGCUCUGACGUCAACAUUUCCCAUGAGACCACUGGUUGGAGACCACUGAUGGCAGCCACUCUAAGCGGGAAGGUGGCUAUAGCUCAGCAGCUGGUGGAGUGUGGAGCUAAUCCAAACCAGGUCAACGUGCUGUCAAAGACAGCCUUUGAACUAGCCAUGCAGUUUAAGAAGAGGGACGUGAUGUCAUAUCUGGACUGCAUAACUACCCUCCGACCUCAGACAGAUAAUGAGAGGAAAAGACCAGAUGUGUUCAGCGCUCUCAAACUGGGAAAUUCACAGCUGGUCAAAGACAUCCUGGAGGAGGAUCCUGCUCAGGUGAAUUCAUCCAAUCAGGAAGGAGCGUCUCCUCUCAUGAUGGCGGCGGUGAGCGGUCAAAUAGAGGUGGUGCAGCUGAUGGUGGAGAAGAAUGCAGACAUAGAUAAACAAGAUGGUGUUCAUGGGUGGACCGCAUUAAUGCAAGCCACUUAUCAUGGCAAUAAAGAAAUUGUCAAGUACCUGUUGAGUCAAGGCGCUGAUGUCAGCCUGCGAGCUAAGAAUGGAUACACAGCCUUUGAUCUGGUCAUGCUGCUCAAUGACCCGGACACCGAGCUGGUUCGCCUGUUAGCAUCAGUGUGUAUGCAAGUAGACAAGGACAAGACCAAACACCGAGGGAGAGUUUUGAUGAAUUACUCCAAAAGCAAACUGUCUCCCAACCACAUCCCCAUACCACCUGAUGACAAGGGAGGCCUGAAGUCCUGGUGGAGCAGAAUGUCAAAUCGCUUUCGACAACUGAAACUGACUCACACACUGAGGCACGGCCUGUCAACCAAUCGGCUGGCUCCAUUUCCUGAUGAGGCUGACGUUCCAAUGGAUUCCACAAUGCGGGCAGAUAUGAAGACGGCUGCUGUGUCCAGUGUGGCAACAACACCUACUUCUGUCCCUGGAGUGAACGAUGCCUGGGCUGUAAAGACUAAAGAAUCUGGUCAUUGCAGAGCAUCAGAAAAGGAGGACUCUCUAAUAACCACCAUGCUAAGAGGUGGUGCGCCGCUCACCCGGUUGCCGGACGAUAAGCUAAAAGCCGUGAUCCCUCCUUUCUUACCUCCAUCCAACUUUGAGCCGUGGAACUCAGACCGUUCACGUUUUCUCAGGGAGGGAAAGAGUGAAGCUCCCCGCCUGCCCAUGCUGCCUCAAAGGAAGCUCAACAGCAGUGGGAACUCUGAUAUUACGUCCAUCACUCGUGUCGUUAACCGGUCAAUCAAGUUUCCUAGCAUCCCAAAAGGACCCUCCUCAUCCUCUCCUUCUAAUUCUGGUCACUUCCACUCCCCCCACUCCUCUGGAGGCUCUAACGGAGUGGCUGGACUCAACCGGGACUCUCACAACCGCUCAGGGGGCAGCACAGACAGUGUUCUGUCUCAGAUAGCGGCUCAACGUAAAAGAGCAGCAGGUCUAAUAGAGGUGAAGGCUCAAGCUCCAGAAAAACAGAACCAAGCUCCACUGCUGACCUCAGCAGCACCUAGUCUGGUACCACCUGAUGUCGUCCUGCCAGACAUACACUCCCACCCCAGCCUCGUCUCCUCUGACAUCCACCCUAGAAGGAAGAUGGAGCUUAAGAAGAGACCCCAGUCAGGAAAUUCCUCCACCUCCAAGAGCACAUCACCCACUCUGACUCCGUCUCCAUCCCCAACACCCAAGGUUCCUUCUGGGCGUGGUGACUCUGUGUCCUCAGCUUCUUCUCACCCACGCUCCAAGAGCAGUGGGGGCUCCAGCAGUGGAACCAUCACAGGUGAAGGUGAUACCAUAAGUCUGCUGCUGCAGAGGUCAGUCAAAGGGCGCUGGAGUCUAUACCCCUGUACAAUCUGUAACAGUGUUUGGCAGGAAUCAGUUUUGUCUCUAGUUUUAUUUAGUCUACAUGCUGAAAUGUUUAUGCAGCCUCGAGCCUUUCAGACUGGUGAAACGUCCAGCAUUUUGAAGAAACUCUCCCUUGAAAAAUAUCAGCCUAUAUUCGAGGAACAAGAGGUGGACAUGGAGGCAUUUCUGACUCUGACAGAUGGAGACUUGAAGGAGCUGGGUAUAAAAACAGAUGGACCCAGACAGCAGAUCCUAGCUGCCAUAUCAGAGCUCAAUGCUGGAAAGGGUCGAGAGAGGCAGAUCCUUCAGGAGACCAUUCAUAACUUUCAGUCCUCUUUUGGUAGCAGCGCCAGUAAUCCACAGCAAAUUCCAACGACUUGGAUGAGACACCAGAUUGGUUCGUCUAAUAAAAGGUAGCUUUACAGCGCUGGUGCCCAAAAGGAAGAACACCAAAAGAACUUAAAGUAGGCGUAUGGAUGCUUGUGACUCCCAAUUUCAAUACAGAGACUUCUGAUCAUCAUGAGAAGUAUCAGUGCAGGAGAACAUUUCAGCAAAGUGAGCGAGUAGACCCUGAUGAAAGGACAAUCCUGGACCAGACUAUCCUUGUGAUGGGAGUCCAAAGCAGGACAGAUGGAACAGGACCGACUCAGUUUGGUGUCCCUGCUGCUUUUACAAAAAGAAACACACCGUGAAGCAAAAACAAGUUCUGCUAAUUUAAUACAUCCCACAUCUUAAGCAGGUGGACCUCAUGGUUCAAACCAAAAGGUUGAAGUUCUGUACGGAUGAUUUAUUUUUCAUGAAAAUGUGAAAGAAUCAAUGAAUGUUUUAUAAAAUAAUAAACAAGAAAUUUGAAUUUAA